GUGGCUUUACGACAAAGCAAGCUAUCUCGUAACAGAGCCACAUGGUCCAAUCUUUUCUUCCUUGUCGUUCCUCUUCUUUUACCAUCGCUUCUUCGUCUUCUCUCCAUCCCCAUCUCUUUCCUGGGAAAUUGAUAUCUCUUUACCCGAGAUAACCCAUAUAAUCUUCCCAGACACAGCUCCGGAAAAUUGCCGUUUCUUUUCCGAUUCAAGGAUCUCGAUUCAUAAGAGGUAGACACGUUUCGUUCGUGUUCUAUCUUGUAAUCUCUCUAGGGCUUUUGUAUAUUAUACUUUAAAAAUACAUUUGUAUUCUUUCUUCUUUCUUUUGUGUGCACUGUGGAAUUAGCGGUUUUUAUAGUUUCUCUUGAAGCUCGGGCAUAGAAUCUCCUCAUGAGUAGAAAUCAUUUGUAAAUUUGGAAUCUUCCUCUCGUUGUUUUGCUUCUGAGGAUUUGCCAUGGAGAAGCAAAAUGAGGAGAUAUCUACAGAUGAUGCUGAAACAAGCCAAAGUCAAUUAGUGGAUGAUUCAAAGGUUGAAACUUUAGAUGACUGUGUUUCAAAGGCACAAGGUUUGAAGGAAGAAGGGAACAAGUUGUUUCAGAAGAGAGAUUAUGAUGGUGCAAUGUUUAAAUAUGGUGAAGCAAUCAAGAUACUUCCUAAGGAUCAUGUAGAAGUGUCUCAUGUUCGAGCUAAUGUGGCUUCUUGUUAUAUGCAAUUGGAACCAGGUGAGUUUGCCAAAGCCAUUCAUGAAUGUGAUUUAGCGCUAAGUGUUACUCCUGAUCAUAAUAAAGCAUUGUUGAAGAGGGCAAGAUGUUAUGAGGCAUUGAAUAAGUUGGAUUUGGCUUUGAGAGAUGUUUGUAUGGUUUCGAAACUGGAUCCCAAGAAUCCCAUGGCAUCCGAAAUUGUUGAGAAGCUUAAGAGAACUUUAGAGAGCAAAGGGUUAAGGAUUAAUAAUUCAGUGAUAGAGUUGCCUCCAGAUUAUGUUGAACCUGUUGGUGCUUCCCCUGCAGCACUGUGGGCUAAACUAGGCAAGGUACGAGUGAAGAAAACUAAAAAGAGCAAUCAAGUGGAAGAGAAGAGCGAGGGUGAGGGUGAGGAUGUAGAGCCUGAGAAGAAGAACAAUGUUUUAGCUGAAAAAGGCAAGGAAAAGAUUAAAAUGAAAGUAAAAGGGAAACAGUCGGAUAAGAGAAGUGAUACGAGCAAGGAACAGGAAAAAGUGAUAAUUGAGGAAGAACUUCUGGUUAUAGGUGUAGAAGAUGUAAACAAGGAUGUGAAAUUCGUAUACUCUGACGAUAUAAGAUUGGCUGAGUUGCCUAUAAAUUGCACUCUCUUUAAACUUAGGGAAGUUGUUCAUGAGCGUUUCCCAAGCUUAAGAGCAGUUCAUAUAAAGUACAGGGACCAAGAAGGAGAUUUAGUGACAAUCACAACAGAUGAAGAGUUAAGAAUGAGUGAGGUGUCAUCAAGGUCACAGGGCACUAUGAGGUUCUAUGUAGUGGAAGUUAGUCCUGAGCAGGAUCCCUUUUUCGGAAGAUUAGUUGAGAUGAAGAAACUCAAAAUUACUGCUGAUUCUUUUAAAGCAAAGGUAAACGGAAGAGGUGGAUGUAAAGUUGAAGAUUGGAUGAUUGAAUUUGCUCAUCUUUUUAAGAUCCAGGCCAGAAUUGAUUCUGAUAGAUGCUUGAAUCUUCAAGAACUUGGGAUGAAACUUAAUUCAGAAGCUAUGGAGGAAGUGGUAACCUCCGAUGCAGCUCAAGGUCCUUUUGACAGGGCAGCUCAGCAAUUCCAAGAAGUUGCAGCUCGAUCAUUGUUAAACUUGGGAUAUGUGCACAUGUCAGGGGCAAGGAAAAGGUUGAGCCUCCUACAAGGUGUUUCUGGAGAAUCUGUUUCUGAGCAAGUUAAAACUGCUUAUGAAUGCGCUAAGAAGGAGCACGCAAAUGCAAAAGAAAAGUAUGAAGAGGCCAUGAAAAUAAAGCCAGAGUGUUUUGAAGUCUUUCUGGCACUAGGUCUGCAGCAGUUUGAGGAAGCAAGACUUUCAUGGUAUUAUGUACUUGUCAGUCACCUUGAUUUGAAAACAUGGCCGUAUGCAGAUGUAGUACAGUUUUAUCAAAGCGCAGAAAGCAAUAUCAAAAAGUCUAUGGAAGUGUUAGAAAAUUUGGAAACCGGAAAGGAAAGUGAGCCUUCUCAAGCAGGCAAAACCGAUUGCCUGACACAUGAAAAGGAUCUGGGUAGCUCAACUCAAAAUAACCCAGCAAAAGAAGCAGGAAGGCUAAAGUCGUGGAUAGAUAUUUUAUUGUGUGCUGUACUUUAUGAGAGAUCAAUCAUGGAGUACAAACUUGACCAACCGUUCUGGCGAGAGAGUUUAGAAGCUGCAAUGGAGAAAUUUGAGUUAGCUGGAACUUGUAAGGAUGAUGUUGUUGAGAUAAUAAGUGAAGAUUAUGUGGCAGGCAAUACAUUACGAGAUAUAAGGUUUCACAUGGAAGAGAUUAUACAGAUUUUUGACGAGAUAUAUGAAGCAAAACAUUGGACAAAUGGGAUCCCUUCAGACCAGUUGGAAGAGAUACUAAAGAGAAGGGCUGAAAAUAUAUUUCAUGUGCCAAAUAUAGCAAUCCAACGUGGUUGAAGCGGUUUCCAUGACAAAGUGUCUCAGAAUGAUUUUGGUCAUUAUCUUGAUCAAGCUUCAUUUCAAGGUACAUAUAUAAUCUCACGAAAUUGUUAGGUCUGACUUCUGAGGAACUAAAUGUUGUUGGCCAGUGUUAGGGCUGAACCUUAUGUUCAAGAUGAUAAAGAAACUUAAUCAGACCAGACUAUACUUAGUCCAUUUCAUUUCAUUGUCCAGACUAUGCUCUGUCAUAACUACCUAACUUUUAUUUUACUUAUUGCGACUGUUAUAGGCAAUGCUUUUACUUCUUUGACCUGAACCAAUAAGUGUUCACAUUCUGGAUACCACUUGGGUUUGAAAUCAUCAGCUAACCACAAAAUCUCUCUUUGCAGGUUUUUGUCUUGUUGUGGUACAACCAAAUUCAGAUUUUUGUAGACAGAAAAAAACAUAUAUGUUCUAUUUUGUUUGUGUAACAUUUAUACCAUUGAUUUUGGUGAGGGGUGAAGCAAAGAUAUCAUGCAGAUUCUUCUUCUGCCACAGGGUGAGUUGUGACUUUAUUCAUUGGUUUAUGACUCAGAUUGCAUUUGGCGUGAAACAUUCAUACACAAACAACAAAUUGUUUUUUUUUUCUUUUUUUUUUCAUUUUCUAUUUUUGGGCCCUUAGCAAGAUUUUGGUGCGGAGUCAGUCAUUGUCUUGUAAUUCGUUGUUACAUAUAAAAUUUAAUGAUGUUUUUGUUACAUAUAAGCAAGUCGUAUCAGUGUAUUGACGGAGUCAAACUUCCAUACCUCAGCCAG